AUGGAUCAAAAUUUGAGAGGCACAGCGAUAGCUGGAAUUGUUUUUGGCAUAGUAUUUAUAAUGGGAGUGAUUGCUGGGAUUGCCAUCUGUAUCUGCAUGUGCAGGAAGAGCAACCGUGGUACUCGAGUAGGGGUCAUCAGAACCACCAUCAACACCAUCAACACAUACCCAGUGGCUCCACCAGCAUACAGCUAUGAAUAUGGAAUGGAGUACCCAGCUGACCUACCUCCACCUUAUACUCCAACCCCACAGACUGUAAUACAGUAUCCCCCACCCCCUCCAUACCCUGGAUAUUCAGGGAAAUAAUUAACUCGGCUUUACAUGGAUACUGACUGCUUCUUGAAACAGCUAGCACUGUUGGGACAAUGCUAUUGGCUCAGGGACAAAUAAGAUUGGGUUUUACAUCAACACAUGUGGCCAGGUGUUGAAGUAAACUGGAAAGAUUGCCAAGACUCAGGAUGAAUAAAAAUGCUGUCCAUUCUGGACCAUCAUGUUUCAUGAUUAAACAACAUGUGACCAAAGAAGCAGUUCCUGUAAGUUAGUGUCUGAUGAGAAGUGCUCAACACCACUUCUUAGCUUCGCCUGCAGCACAUGGGAGUGGGGCUUUUCCAUGUAGGAAUGUGCAAGUGGUGAAAGUGGUUCAACAAACUCUUUCAAAAGCACAGGAGGCUUAUCCUGGGGGAAAGUGUCACCUGUUAUCUCAAGAUAACCACUAUGCUUUUCCUUGAAAUGAGGAAAAUAAGCAAGAACAAGGAAUAUUGAAACUCUACCAUUUCUACUUCCAGCUGAUAAUACCCAAUAAUCACUGUGCAUAUUGGUCUGAUAAGCAUGUUACAAGGAGAAGUGCUGUUAGAGUUUUCUGGUAAUUAAAAAAUGUUGGGUAUUAUUUUUGGCCAAGUGCAGAUUUUUAAAGUGCCUCUUUUUAAGAAGUUUGUGACUAGUAUAUGAACUGGAAUGUUAAUGUAAGGAGAAUUUUUGUAUGUGAAAUACACUAAUUUAUAACUGAAUUGCUUUUACCUGGACUUAAAAACUCUAUACAUAGGAAAUAUGUUAAAAUGCCUUUUAAAUCAGCAAAUGAUAUUUUGAUUUUGGUAUAAAAAUAUGGAAUCAGCAAAACUCAGAAAUGGGAGAAAAAUGCAAAACAAAUAUUAAAACAUCCUAGAUUUGACUUCAGUUCAGUUGCAUAAAGCCAGGGUUUUUAAAUCAUAUUAUUUACCAGUAAUGAGGAUAUUCAGCCUUAGCAAAGAGAUGAGGGUAGAGACUGUGAGCAUAUCAUUACUUUUUAAUGUAUUUUGGGCAUUUUAUAACCGUAGGUCACCAAGUAAUACUUUUUACAUUUGUCAUGCAUGUUGUUCAAACUUACUUAUUCUCUACUAUAUGCUGUCCAUAUUUUUAUGAUUUAA